CAUUGUUCAUGUUCUACUUCCUCGUUUCAGUAUCGUCCGUCGAUCCUGCUGUAUGGCGUCAUGUAAGCCUGAGGCAUGUCGUAGCUUAGAUGCCGCUCUUCCUCCUGUCUGGGGCCGCCCUCCCGUUCGAAGCAGAUGCGUUUCGAUUUGAUUCUAUAUCGUGCUCCCCCUUCUCAGGCGGAAUCUGCCAAACAAGACGACGCAAGGGGCCACUCCAUGCGCUUUCUUUUUCCAACGUUCAAGCAUACGUCCAUCCUAGUCAUCGACUAACCGUGUGCGGAGGCGGCGUGAGAUUCGAACCGAUGUGGCUGUUUUCCCUUCAGGCUCUAGACGGAUCACCUGCUCUCCUGACGUCUUUUCCUACUGAAAGCGGUAGUGGUCCUUUGCAUACCACGCUGAUCAGCUGUCCAAAACAUCGGCUCUGAGUGGUUCAACCGAGUAGCAUCGACAUUAUCAGCGCAUGGCUGCAGUGCACGCGUAUUUUGAGAUGCUCGCUACUUCUGGUGCGCCAUGACACAUCCGGCCCAUUGCUUCGCCGGCUCCACUCGGCGGUUACAGUGGCGUUGAGUGGAGUAGAGUGGCGCUACAAUUUGGCUACAAUGGCCCUUCUGGUCGACCUCGGUUAGCGUUUGCCAGAUUAAUAUACACUCUCCAGGGUUGCCCUGUUGGACUGGCGACAUGUACAUGCUGUUCUGACCACGCCAAAGUCACUAUUGGAAUAGAUUUAUCUUACGCAGUCCUCAUGUGCUGCCAAGUUGCCCUGGUUCUGCUUCAUCGUGACUUUGACACGAUGCUGG